AACACACUCCAUCAAGACAACAGCCAAUUGUCACUGCAUUGUUUACAAAGUGGUGGAAACAGUCACAAAAAUUGAACUUUAAACUAAAAGUUUGUUUCCUGCCUAAAGUGAUGUCACCUAAUAGUCCAGUGUUCAAAAUCGCCAAAAUAUAAAGCCGCAUAUCUUUUGUUUUUAUAUUAGAACUUGCCAUUGGAAACAGAAUGAGCGAAAUCCGGGCUUUUCUGUCCAACUUCAACAUUGUUGGCCCCAUUAGUUUAGCAGUCACUAUCCCAUGGAUCAUGUUCAAGAUGUUCAGUGCUGCCUGGCUGAAGCAGGGCUACAAUGAGCUGGUUGGCAAGGUGGUUGUUAUAACUGGGGCCAGUUCGGGCUUGGGCGAAGCCCUAGCACAUGAGUUUUACAAGUAUGGGGCGCAGGUGAUUCUCUGCGCUAGACGUCGCCAGGAGCUGGAACGGGUUAGGACUGAUUUGCUGCAUUCCCAGUGUCGAGAAACAACUUAUCCGCCCAUAAUAAUUCCGCUGGAUUUAAGCGAAUACCACAAUUUGCGUACUCAUGUGGACAAAAUCUUGUCUAUCACUGGAAGGAUCGACAUCCUAGUUAAUAACGGCGGUAUAUCGCAGAGGGGAAAAGCCAAAGACACGCUCAUAGAGGUUGACCAGAAGAUUAUGGCUGUGAACUACUUAGGAACAGUGGCCUUAACCAAAGCAAUUCUAGCAGAUAUGUUGAAGAAAAAGCGGGGCCACAUAGUAUUCAUCAGCUCAGUUCAAGGCCUAGUGGCUCUACCAGACCGAUCAUCUUACAGUGCAUCCAAACACGCCCUACAAGCCUUUGGCGACAGCCUUAGAGCUGAAGUGGCCUCUGAAAACAUUCACGUUACGAUCGUAAGCCCCGGGUACAUAAAAACCCAAUUGUCCUUAAACGCCUUGGUGGGAAGUGGCGGAUUACAUGGCGAAAUGGAUGCUACCACGCAAUCUGGCUACACUCCCGAAUAUGCGGCACAGCAAAUAGUUAAGGCGAUAAUCACCAAAAAAAAGGAAAUGGUGCUGAGCACUCUUUUGCCGAAAAUCGCCAUUUUAUUGAGACGGUAUUUUCCGUUUUUGUACUUUUUGGUCAUGGAAAUGAGAGCCAAAAAAAGCACGCUUAAGGAUUUGGCAGUGAACCAGGACAAUCAGAAGAAGGAAUAGGUUGAUUAUCUUUUCGUUGUCAUCAAGGGUUUAUUAGGUUGUAAAUUGCCAACUGUUUAUCGUAAAAACGGGGGAGGAUAUUCGGGUUUUUGCUUGCUUUUAUGCCUGGGAAAUAUCUCCAAAUCAUCUUCAAACGAUUUUUUUUUAUUUCCAACUGCUGUAACUGUAACCAAUUUGUGGCCACUUGGGGUAGCAAUGUAGAAGGACGACAAGGUUUCUUUGCGCUAUUGAUUAAUUAUAUUCUCCUCAAAUAAAUAAUCUCAAACUUUGCUUUUUUGGCUAGUAUCAGCAACAGCAAAAAGAAAAACCCUGUAAAAACGUCCUCGAGUAUUAUUCGAUUAAAAUAUCUUUUGAACGACUGAUGCCAUUUAUAUUUAUCUAUGAAUAUACGUUUUUCUUCAGGAAUGUAGUGCGUCGAAAUGUGUAUAUAUGGACGAACUUGACUAGUUUAACAGCGUGACCAAACUUGCAUUUAGUAGAGAAUUUCUAGUUAAAUGUAUGUAUGUUUCUGUGUUAUGGUAAAUAGAUAGUUUAAUUUUGUUAUUGGUGAAAAUACAAAGGCUGCAGAACUU